AUGCAAGCACUGGACUGUGCCUUCCUUCAAUAUGCCAUCCUCUGCCUUGCAGCGUCCAAUCUCUCAACGCUCGACGCAUGCUUGACGCGGCGCAAUGUGGUUGGCGACACGAGAAGGUCAACUGCCAGCCCAAGGCCGAAUACCCUGCACAACUAUCAUGCGCGGCAGUAUUGUGAGCUUGCCGCGACGCAGGAGCAGAGCCUCGAGCCCCAAGAUCCGUCCCUCAUUCUCAUUGGCAAGAUCCUCCUUGCCUACUACCAGCACGCGUCAACGGACCACUUUCGUUUCCGGCUCGCGGUACUCGAGACAGCCGAGUUCGUACGGAGACGCCGACACGACAUCACGAGGUCGCAUACUGGCGAUAUUGCAUUGCAGCUGUGGUAUCGUCUACGUAUCUCACACCGCCCGUCAGAGUCCUUGGAGCUAGUGGCUGGUUACAACGAGUCCGACUCAGGCGCGGAACACUUUGCUUCGACUUCGGAAGACGAGGACAUAUAUUUGCAUUGCAUUGUGGGACUGUCUCCGGACGACUUGCUGCAUGAUAUCAUGCUCAAAACCAUGGAACUCAGGAGAAGAAUGGUAGUCUACCAUUGCACGACCGCCGUGCAGAACGUUUCGGAGAGCUUGCCAGCUCCAGGCUCUCGGGCUCAAAGGCUGGUGAAUAGUUCGGUGCAGAGGCCGCAUGCACUGGCAGGAAUCGACGGCCCUGAGCUCAGUUCGAUCGCACCCAGUCACUUGCUCGCGUUACUUGACAUCCAGAGAAGGCGACUUGAGGUCUGGAGAAGUAGGGUGGCCGCAGAGGAAGCAGGUUCUGGGAGGCAUGCGAAUGCAGGGGGCAUCAUGUCGCCAGAUCCAAGCGUGGAGAAGCUCGUGAAUCACCGACGCUUGAUGAACCACCUGUACUACCUCCUGUGCAAGCUCAUCUUCGAGAACGCGACCGCUUUGCAAGGGGCAGUGGUCGACCAGAACCUCAACGGCGCCAUUCUACGCGGGGUUGUCGACACGAUCGACGGCAUCGACCCGACGAUAUCCAAUGUGGUGGAUGUGUAUGGGUACAGUCUCUCCGAGAUUCUGUUGCAGCUCUCAUACAACAUGCCAUCGACGACAUACUUCAACUACAUCCUAGACGUUGUCUGGCCCCGCCUGGAAGUAUGCGGGCGUGGCUAUGAGAAUUCUCACCUACCGACUCACCUCGCCAAGAGGAUAGUUGCUCUGAUGGCGGAGGAAUGGCACUGUUCUCGAAGGAUCCUACUGGUGGUGCUGGCGAUAUCGGAGAACACCCCCAAAACAAUACUAUACGACAUUCAUCAUGCUUUUGAUGUCCUGCUGUAUGGCUAUGACCAGCAUCAAGGAGACUUCUUCGUUAACAAGGUGUCACUAUCUUGA